AUGGCGAGCACCAACCCAUGCGAUGCAUUGGCUACUCUACUAGGUGCCGAUAAGGUAUCUAUUCCCGGAAGCGCUGCUUACGAUGCGACUCUAUCAUCGUACUUCGCUCUCCAAGCAUCCGAUAUUAAGCCCCUAUGUUUCGUCUCGCCGCAGACAACCGGCGACGUCUCAACUGUGAUCCAGUGGCUAACUACCAACAUCGACAUCCGAGACAGCUCAAUCAAGGUCGCAAUUCGGUCAAGGGGUCAUCUAUGGGUUCCUGGUUCGUCUAACUCAUCGGGUGGGGUGACGAUCGACUUAAGCCGUCUCGAAUCCAUCCAUCUCAGCUCCGACAAGUCAAUCGUAUCUAUCGGUGUGGGUGCAACAUGGGAUGCUGUGUAUGCUAAACUUGAUCCUUUAGGACUCAGCGUCGCUGGAGGUCGAGUUGGCGGCGUCGGCAUCGGAGGGUUGGUUUUAGGAGGUGGAAUCUCUCAUUUAGGACCUCGAUGUGGAUGGACUUGUGAUACGGCAACUGCUUUUGAAGUAGUCCUAGCAGACGGCUCAAUCGUAGAAGCUAUUGAGAAGGAAAAUCCAGAUCUCUUUCGUGGUCUUAAGGGGGGAGCGAAUAAUCUCGGCAUCGUCACUCGUGUUGACCUAAAGACGUUUGAUCAGGGUCUCCUAUGGCAUGGUCGUAUCUAUAGUCCCCUUUCGACUAUAGACGACCACAUCAAGAUCUUCGCCAAGAUUGUUGCUGCGGAGAAUUACGAUGAGAAUUCUUCGUUUAUCUGUGCAUUUGGAUAUUCACAGCCCAAGGGUAUCACCGUAAUCAACAGUGAGCUCGUUUACACCAAGCCGGUGGAGGAACCACCAUGCUAUCGGGAACUUCUUAGCCUGCCAUCUAUCUUCAAAACAACGUCGACCCUCAGCAUGGAGGCACUCGCGAAACAAGCAGCGAAACUUAUACCCCCAGGAAUAGCUCGUUACAUGUUCGCGACGACGACCCUAGUUCCCACUGAAGCUAUGCUCCACGCUGCAUUUGACGCUUGGAAAAGUAGCUUAGAUGGCGUGAAAGACAUCAAGGGGCUAACGUGGUCCCUGUCGUUGGAACCCUUACCACCAGGCAUACAUCAACACGGUUCAUCGUCCAAUGCGAUGGGACCCUCCGACCGCAAGGGUACGCGUAUUGUAUGUCUUUUCACGAACGCGUGGGAAGAUGAAGCCGACGAUGAACAUGUUUACGCAGCGACCCGCGCACUCAUAGCCUCUAUUGAAGAAGCAGCUCGAAAUCUUGGCGCAUAUGACCCCUUUAUAUAUCUCAACUACGCAACCCAUUGGCAAGAUCCGAUUGCUAGUUAUGGAGAAGAGAGUGUGAAGCAAUUGCGAGAAUUAAGGGCUAGGGUAGAUCCAAAGGGGGUAUUCACACAUCUCAUUCCCGGCGGAUUCAAGAUUCCUUCUUAG